AGAGAGUCAGACAGAUUGAGCACAGAGGGGUGUGUCAUAUAGCACUUGAGUUCCUCAAGGAAGUGAGUGCAAGGCAGCAGUAUCUGGAGACUGCUCCGUGACCCGCCAGCGGCUCAGCAGGAGGGUUCUUUUGGGGGUUUGGACCAGGACCUGCGAGAUGAUGGGGGACCACUAAAAAGACCAGCGGCCCGCUCUGACAACACACUCUGCCGCACAAACACACACACACGCACAGAGAGAGACCCAGAAGCCAACAGGAGGGAGGGGGCCACAGGACAAACACACAAGCUCUCACACACACCCAGGUAACCAUGGAGUCGUUCAGCUCAAAGGAGAUGGCCUUGAAGGCCCAGAAGAAGAUUCUGAGCAGCAUGGCCACCAAGUCCUCGGUCCAGAUGUUCAUUGACGACACCACCAGCGAGAUCCUGGACGAGCUGUACCGCGUCUCCAAGGAGUACACUGGGAACCGCGCCGAGGCCCAGAAGGUCACCAAGAACCUGGUGAAGAUCGCCGUCAAGAUCGGCGUGCUGUUCCGGCACUCCUGCUUCAACAAGCAGGAGAUGGAGCUGGCGCAGGAGUUCAAGAGGAAACUCCGCCAGGGGGCCAUGACGGCCAUCAGCUUCCACGAGGUGGAGUUCACCUUCGACAAGGCCGUGAUGGCUGAGAUCCUGACCGGCUGUAGGGACCUGCUGCUGAAGCUGGUGAACACGCACCUGACCCCCAAGUCCCACGGGCGCAUCAACCACGUGUUCAACCAUUACGCCGACCCCGAGCUCCUCACCAAGCUCUACGAUCCCACGGGGCCCUUCCAGGGCCACCUCACCAAGAUCUGUGCAGGACUCAACAAAAUGGUGGAGGAGGAGACUAUAUGAGGCCGACUCCUCCAGCCCAAGUGACAGGAGUCCCACCAGCCCCCUAUGGGAGACGUAGACGCUCGUAGCCGGCGACUGGACGCAAAUAUCCACUUCUGUGAUGCAAGGAACUGGCAAUAAAAACAGUAGGCUGUGCGAGAAAAGUGGACUCCUGUUCAACGAUGCUGCCCUGUCAAUCUGAAAUCUGAGAACAAGCAAGAAAGAAAAAUAGAGAAAGAAAGAAGUCGGAAUGACUUCUGUAGUUGCUCAAAGGUCAAGCAUAUUUACAAAGUUUGCCUUGUGUAUAUUUUGUUCAUUGAAAUGCAGUCACACAUUUAUGCUGGUUUUCAGUAUAUGGCCUCUUUCGUAAAUAUUGGAAUUACCGUCCAAUAAUAUAUUUAAUAUCGUUUAAUGUUACUACUGACGUUAAGUAUUAAUGGUUAUUCAGUUUGAUAGUGAUACGACACUGCCAUCUUGUGGUCAAUGUGGUGAGUCAUCCACAUCUUCGCUCAUAAUCUAGAUGGGUUGCCAGAGAAUAAACGUGAAGAAAAAUCCCCCAACUGAUUGCUUUGUUGUCCCACAAGAGCAUAAAUACAAACUUGAAUCCA